AUGGACGCCGGGGCGCUGAAGAGUCGCGGGAACGAGCUGUACCAGAGAGGUAAGUUCGGUGCCGCCAUCGAGGCGUACACGGAGGCGAUCACGUGUGACCCGCGAUGGACGGCUCUGUACGUCAACCGCGCGCUGUGCCAUAUGAAGAAGCGAGAAUGGUCGUGCGUGAAGAGAGACUGCGAGACGGCGCUGCACUUCGAUCGAAACAACGUCAAGGCGCUGUACAUGUUAGGACUGGCGCUCAUCGCCGAUAAGAAGUUCACGGAUGCCGCUAAAUCGCUCACGAGAGCGCUGGAGGAGGCGAGAGAGAGCGGAGACGUGAUUCAGGAUGACGUGUGGCGAGAGCUCGCGCGGGCGAAAUAUUUAGAAUGGGAGCUGCUUGCGAGCGAUCGAGAUCGAAGGUACUCAAACUUGGAAAGUAGCGUGAGAGCAAUAUGGUCGAGUCUCGGGGCGGAGAACGCGGAUACGAUGCGAGAGGUGAUGUCGUGCGCCAGGGCACCCGACGAUCGGUCGAGCGAACCGCCGGACGCGUUCUGCUGCAAGUUGACUUUUGAGGUGUUUCGGGAUCCCGUGAUCGCCCCGAGUGGACACAGUUACGAGAAGUUUGCGAUUUUACAGCACCUCAAGAUCUCAAAGUUUGAUCCCAUCACGAGAGAGCCAUUGAAACCGGAGCAGUUGAUACCAAACGUGAACUUACGCAACGCGGCGCACGCCUGGUUAUCAAACCAUGCUUGGGCCUUCGCAGACAUCGUUCGACCUAAUGCACCCUUAGAAUAG